UCCGUCAUUGCACUUGUCAUCAAAUAGAAGUAUACCUUAAGCACUUGUUUCGAAAUGUUCAAAACAUGGCCAACUGAAUUAAAUAUGAACUCUAAUUAACAUGUAUGAUAGUACAAUAAAAUAACGUCACUGAAGUAAAUGGUCUAUAUAAAACCCAAUAUGAGCGAGGCGGAAGCCUUUGCAAAGGCUAAGGCCAUAAGUCAAAUCAUCACCAUGUUCCAAAGGCCCGGACAAAUUGAAAAAAUCGAUCAAUACAAGAGAACCGUGGCGAGACAGAAGGCCUCAUUCGAAGCCCUGCUCAAGUCAGCCAUGCAAAAGCAAUUGGAUGGGGUCAAACAUGCCUUAAAUAUGUUAAAGUCGAGCUCUGAAAGCGUCGAAGGCAUUGAAGAAGACAUGAAAGUUGUACAAAAAUUGUUCGAUGACGUUCCUGUUUUGUUCAACGCCUUGAACGAAGUCAGGGACGAAAACAUGAGGCAUUCGCAGUAUGUGACGGCCAUAGAAAACCACAAGCACAUAUUCACCAUGCCCGCCAGCGUUGAGAAAACAAAACAAUGGAUUAAUGAGGGUAAACUGCUGCACACCCACCAGAGCCUCAGAGACUUGGAAACGUCGAGGGACGAUUUACUGUAUGAAUUGCACAAGUUACCCAACCAGUCGCCCCACGACAAGGGCAUGUUGAAGGAAUAUUUUGCCCAAGUAGAAGUGCUGUCUCAGCUACUCGAAAAGCAAAUGAAAUUAAUACUGUCAAGAACGUUAAACACAGUCCGCAAGGACCCCAGCGUGAUCGUCACAGUUCUGAGGAUAAUAGAACGUGAAGAAAAGUCGGACGAGGAUGCUUUAAAACAGGAGAAACAAUCCGGAUUUCUUCCGCCAGGUAGGCCAAAACGGUGGAAGAAAAUGCUGUUUCAAAUACUGGAGAAAUCUGUGGCGACAAGAAUUGAAGGGACACAGGUUGAAGAAAGGGAGGAUAAUAAACAUUGGCUUAUUAGAUAUUUAGAACUAAUUAGGUUACUAAUACUGGAGGACUUGAGGGUUGUUAAAACGUUGUGUGUGCCUUGUUUUCCACCUAAGUAUGAUAUUAUGAAGAGAUACAUUAACAUGUAUCACAGUUCAUUGUCAAUACAUCUGCAAGAAAUAAUACAAAAUGGUCUGGAGGGCAAUGAGUAUGUUACCAUACUGUCCUGGAUUAACAAGACCUAUAAAUCUAAGGACUUGCUCGGUCAUCCUGACUUAAAUGAAGACACAUCCAGUGUAGGACCUUUGUUGCCUACUGCAGUCAUGGAGAGAUUAGAGGGUGACUACUUAAAGAAUCUCGAAAAUAACUACAAAGAAUGGAUGCAAAACACCUUAACAUCUGAAGAAGCUGAGUGGAAUUCUGGUAGAGAAAUCCACUUGGAUACAUAUACAAGACAACCUGCCCCUGUAUUAAUUUUCCAAAUGAUCACACAAAAUUUACAAGUUACUAAUACAAUGAGUACUACUAUAACAGAAAAAGUCCUUGGUUUGAGCUUGGAUCAAGUUAUCAACUUUGGCGAGUCAUACAGGUUGAAAAUCGUUGACUUCAAAAACAGAUAUUUCAGCGACAGGAAACAGAUACCUUAUUUUACGCAGCACAUGAUCGUAAUCAUUAACAGUUGUUACCAAUUUGUCCAAAUAAAUACGGAAUUAAAUAAGCAGUACUCCACCAUUGUUAACAUGGAUGACUUAUCGGAGAAAUUUAGGACCGUUGAUCGUCGAUUUAUGGAGCUACGAAACGAAACCGCCGGAUAUUUACUCCAGGAAGUAACCACAGAUUUGGAAGAACACUACGAGAAACUCUUCACGCAGGCGUGGCUUAAGACAUCCCUUCCAAUAGACACAAUUGAUAUAACUCUGAAGGACUACUUCAAUGACUACAACCAUUUGGUCGACGAUAACUAUAAAUUCGUUGCUGUUAUGGCCAAGAAGAUGGUGGCCCAGCGUUUCCUAACUUGCUUGCUAUCGAAGAGGCUAACCAUGAAAACUUACGAGGAAUGCAGGAUGGUCGCCGACAAAAUCGACGAAGAAACCAAAAAGUUAUCGUCUCUUUUUAUGAACCUGUGUAAAACCGGUGAAGAAAACGAUAAUCCGUUUGAAUGUAUAUUUUUGUUGUGCGAGGUUAUUCGCAGCGACAGUGACAUGCUGUCGUUCGAGCUCCACAGGGUUGUGGAAAAGUAUCCGGACAUUACCGAAGAUCACCUGUACCGCCUCCUGAAUUUCAGGGGCGACUUGAGCCGCUCCGACAUCAAAGACAAGGUUACUGCUAUUGAAAAGCCGGUAAAGACCUUCAACAGCAUCUUCAGCAUGUUGGUCUUCCCCAAAUUGUUAAAUUUUUAAAGAACGAAUAAAUUAUUUGUAUUUAUCCCUA